AUGGACUUUACCAAAUUGGAUAACAUCAAGUUCGAUUCCUCGAGCAACUCGACACUCACCAGUCUCCCUUCCCUGCUCCUGGAAGCCUUCAUACCGGGAUAUGGCCUUAUCUCGCAGAUCAUCUUCCGCCUCUUCGGCUUCGACAUCGGCCUUGCCGUAUCCGGAUGUAUCAUCGUCUAUGGCCUAGGCCUCGGCGGCAGGAUCAUCUACUACAAGGCUCUCUCCAUCUUCGUCGCCUACUUCAUGUGCUGCAUCGAAGUGGAAGACGACGACGACCUCUUCGAACAGAUCAUGGAAUGGAUGUCGGAGCAACGCAUGACCAAGAAAUCCCGGUCUCUCCGGGCUGUCUCGCACUGGAUGUCGCAAUGGCACGAGACGGACGAGGAGAGGAAGGCCGCUGACGAGGACGUCUUGGACGAGUCCGGCAUAUUCAAUUUCGAGAAGUGGGCUAGCACGAUUCCGCCACGCUACGAACCGAGUUUCGGCAGCAACGUCUUCUGGUUCGAGGGGCGCAUGUUUUUCUUCAGUCGGACGAGGAGGGAGAAGUCGAAGAGUAUCUGGGGAGGUGAAGAUCAGUUCCUGGAUAUCUCGUGUAUUGGAAGGAGCACCGAGCCGAUUAAAGAGCUGCUGGAUCACAUCAAGAAGUGGCGGCUCAAGAAGAACAGUAAGAUGACUGCCGUGAAUCGACCGGCUCCGAAAGAAGAGAGGAUGGGUUCGUACUCCUGGGACAGGCAGUCGCUGCGGCCGUCACGGCCACUGAGCACUGUGUCAUUAGACCAGGAGCAGAAGGCCAUGAUUGUAAGGGACAUCAACGAAUACUUGCAUCCUUCCAGUGCGCUUUGGUAUGCAAGGAGAGGAAUUCCAUAUAGGAGAGGGUACCUGUUCUGGGGAUCUCCAGGUACUGGCAAGACUAGCCUCAGCUUCGCAUUGGCUGGCAUUUUCGGUCUUGACAUCUACUGCGUUUCCCUCACGGAGCCCGGACUCACUGAAGCAUGCCUGAACAAGCUCUUUGCGGACCUCCCACGGCGCUGCAUUGUCCUCUUAGAAGACAUCGACGCCGCAGGACUCCGCCGUGAGGACGAACCCACAGAUUCCAAAGACAACGGCGACGCCAAGGACGACACAAGCGACGACGGCACUCUCACGAAAAUAACAAAGGCCGACUUACUGCCCGGCAGCAAACCAGGCCCGCCCGCGCUGGCCCCUACAGCCGAUAAGUCGCGCAUCACCCUCAGCGGCUUGCUCAAUGUCAUCGACGGCGUAGCCUCGCACGAAGGCCGCGUGCUCAUCAUGACGACCAACUGCCCGAGCAAACUCGACCCCGCGCUCGUCCGCCCGGGCCGCGUGGAUCUCCAAAUCAAAUUCACUCUCGCCACGUCCGACCAGAUCCGCGACAUCUUCAUCCGCAUGUACUCGACUGAACGCGACGCCAAGGCCCCACACUCUAGAUCCGGGAGCAAGAGUUCCUCCAACCCGGACGCAGAGUUCCUCGAGAUGCUGUCCCAGGCGCCGAUUCUGAAUAUCGUGGAGCCGGAGAAAUUGAAAUUUAUGGCCGAGGAGUUUGCGGACGCGCUGCCUGCGGGUGUGUUUUCGCCGGCGGAGAUUCAGGGGUUUCUGCUGAUGAGGAAGAAGGAUCCGCGGAGGGCUUUGGAGGAGGUUGCGGCGUGGAGGGAUGGGUUGUUGGAGAAGAAGGGGAAGAUGAUGGGGGAGGGGAAGGUGCGUGUGGGUGCGGGUGCGGGUGCGGGGUUAUAGGUUGCUGGGAUAGGGGUUUGGUUGGCGUUGAAGGAUUGUGGGAGUGAGGCUUCCGGGCGGUCAUUUUUUGGUAUUCGGAGUUUUGCAUUUUUGGAGGGGUUUCGCUCAGAUUGCUCUAUAUCGGCGAGCUGGGUGGUGAUGCCUACCCUAAGAGUAAGAUAUAUGACAAUGGGAAGAUGAAAUAAUGAAAUAGCAUUUCAAAUCUACACAUAUU